AUGGCAGCAGAGUAUGGCUUUGAGGAUCUUGGUGGUAGCUUGUCGAUCAUCCCACUCGAGGAGGAGGAGGAGCCAGCAGUUCAAUACGAUAGGCCGUUGGUUGAUGAUGCCGAGGUCGAUACUCGGUGGAGCAUAGUUGGUCGAUUUCUUACGGACUCUCCGAUCGACUUCAUGGCGAUGGAAAACUUGAUGGCGGUUCUAUGGAAGCCAGGUAUGGGUAUGUAUGUGAAAGAUUUGGGAGCAAAUAGAUUUAUUUUUCAAUUCUAUCAUGAGAUAGAUAUUCAGCGGGUCAUUGAUCGUAGUCCAUGGACGUUCAAAAAUGCUCCGUUAAUCUCUGAGAGAUUGAAAACUGGGGACAUUCCAAGGGCGUUGCGGCUGCAUCACCUCGAAAUAUGGGUUCAAUUGCAUGAUAUUCAGGCGGGUUUUAAGACGGAAAGGGUGGUUUCGGACGCUGCGAACUAUAUCGGAAGCUUUGUUAAAACCGAUGAGAAUAACUUCAAUGGUGUUUGGAGGGAAUAUCUCAGGGUGCAGGUUCGGAUCGAUAUCGAGAAGCCAUUAAAACGGCGGAUGAAGUUGCAGCUAACCGGUGGUGAGUGGUUUUGGAUAAAUUUUUGUUAUGAAUUUGUGCCGACUUUUUGUUUUAUUUGUGGAGUUAUAGGCCACACCGAUCAAUAUUGCUCUAGGUUAUUUAUCCAACCUAUUGCUUCUAUUGUCAAACCAUAUGGUUCGUUCAUGAAGGCGGUCCCUCGGAGAACACAAUACGCUAUGGGAUCUAAGUGGCUCCGAUUGGCGUCUGGAGGGGCUGGGAAUUUUGGUGCGUCGGCCUCUGGUGGUGUUGGGAGUUCUGGUACGUCGGGGCAUGUCCAGCAAGGUGGUGAGGUUUUCCAGCCGAGAGGAGAUAGGAGAUUAAAUGCCCAUGAUUUUCGGAGUGAACAGCAAAGAGAAAUUCCACAAAUGGAGGGUCAAAGAUUGAUGCAUGGGAAUAGGGAUGUGGUUGGUGGCCAUGCAAGAUUCAUGGGAAUUAAUGCCGUGAAUAGUGAUGUAAUUGAUGGGGAGAUAUAUUAG